AUUACUAGCUGUUUCUGUAGCAGCAGCCUAAAUGUGUUUUAUUUUUCAGUUCCAAACCUCUCCAUCCUCACCAAGAUUAUCUUCCCCAUUCAUCAUUUGGGGAAUUGUUCACUCAAAACCCUAAAAUUAUCUCAUAAUUCUUAUUCUUAGCCCUAAUUAGCGAUCGUUCUGUUCCAAUUCUUGAUUCGAUAAUCAAUUUGUUAAUUCAAGAUGGUGUUAGCAGAAUUAGGAGGGAGCAUAUCGCGUGCUCUCCAGCAGAUGAGCAAUGCUACAAUCAUUGAUGAGAAAGUUCUGAACGAAUGCCUCAAUGAAAUCACUCGUGCCCUUCUUCAAGCUGAUGUUCAGUUUAAGCUUGUUCGUGAUAUGACCACAAAUAUUAAGAAAAUUGUUAAUCUUGACGAUCUUGCUGCUGGACAUAACAAGCGUAGGAUCAUCCAACAGGCGGUUUUUAAUGAGCUCUGCAAAAUAUUGGAUCCUGGGAAGCCUUCUUUUACACCGAAAAAAGGGAAACCUAGUAUUGUCAUGUUUGUUGGUUUGCAAGGGUCUGGAAAAACAACAACAUGUACAAAGUAUGCGUAUUACCACCAGAAAAAAGGUUGGAAACCAGCUUUAGUGUGUGCUGAUACAUUUAGAGCUGGUGCUUUCGAUCAAUUGAAGCAGAAUGCCACAAAAGCCAAGAUACCCUUUUAUGGGAGGUAUCUCCUCUUCUCAAUCUAUUAGUGUUACCUUCUCUUUGCAUUCUUAGAAGCUUGUGAGGCUACAAUCUGUUGAUCAUGAAUGU